AUGAGUGGCAUCGCCAACGCCUGUCUGUCCAGCCUCUCGGCCAUCGACCGGUGGUGUCAUAUCACCGCCUGUUUGGGGCCCUUUGCCGGCCGCUCGCGCGAUGGGAUCUACGAAACCACACUUGCCGAGAACGAGCGCGAGGCCGUCUCGGAUCUUUUGGGUUAUCUAGAAAAUCGCGCCGAAACGGAUUUCUUUUCCGGCGAGCCGCUCCGAGCCCUGAGUACGCUGGUCUACUCGGACAAUGUCGACCUGCAGCGCAGUGCCAGCUUGACCUUUGCGGAGAUCACUGAACGAGAUGUCCGCGAGGUUGACCGUGAUACCCUCGACCCCAUCCUCUCCCUUCUUCGAAGCUCCGACGUUGAGGUACAACGAGCUGCCAGUGCUGCCUUGGGGAAUCUCGCAGUGAAUGCGGAUAACAAAGUCCUGAUCGUCGAGCUGGGAGGGCUGGCCCCUCUCAUCCGACAGAUGAUGUCGCCCAAUGUCGAGGUCCAGUGCAACGCGGUCGGAUGCAUCACCAAUCUCGCAACACACGAGGAAAACAAGGCCAAGAUUGCCCGAUCAGGCGCCCUGGGCCCGCUGAUCCGCCUCGCCAAAUCCAAAGAUAUGCGUGUCCAGCGCAACGCCACGGGUGCCUUGCUCAACAUGACACAUUCAGCUAAUCAGUCAGAUGACAACCGACAACAGCUUGUCAAUGCCGGUGCCAUCCCUGUCCUGGUGCAACUGCUCUCCUCUUCCGACGUCGAUGUCCAAUACUAUUGCACGACCGCUCUCAGCAACAUCGCCGUCGAUGCUUCGAAUCGAAAACGGCUCGCGCAAACCGAGUCGCGGCUGGUCCAGUCGCUCGUACACCUCAUGGAUUCCUCCACCCCCAAGGUGCAGUGCCAGGCCGCUCUUGCCCUACGCAAUCUCGCCUCCGACGAAAAAUACCAGCUGGAAAUCGUUCGCGCCCGGGGCCUGCCCCCAUUACUACGCCUCCUGCAAUCCUCAUACCUACCCCUCAUCCUGUCGGCUGUCGCGUGUAUCCGCAACAUCUCCAUCCACCCUCUCAACGAGUCCCCCAUCAUCGACGCCGGCUUCCUCAAACCCCUCGUCGACCUGCUGGGCUCGACGGACAAUGAGGAGAUCCAAUGUCACGCCAUUUCCACGCUGCGCAAUCUUGCCGCGAGCUCCGACCGCAACAAGGAACUUGUCCUGCAAGCGGGCGCCGUUCAGAAGUGCAAAGACCUCGUGCUCCGCGUCCCGCUCAGUGUACAGUCUGAGAUGACUGCCGCUAUCGCCGUUUUGGCGCUCAGCGAUGAGCUGAAACCUCAUCUCCUCAACAUCGGCGUCUUUGACGUCCUGAUACCACUCACCGACUCCGAAAGCAUCGAAGUUCAAGGCAACAGUGCGGCAGCGCUAGGCAAUCUAUCCUCCAAAGUCGGCGACUAUUCCAUAUUCGUGCGUGACUGGGCCGAUCCGAACGGCGGCAUCCAUGGCUACCUCCGCCGAUUUCUCGACAGCGGUGACCCGACGUUCCAGCACAUCGCCAUCUGGACCCUUCUACAACUUCUAGAAUCCGAAGACCAACGACUGAUCGGGUAUAUCUCGCAAUCGGACGACAUCGUUCAGACGGUCAAGGCCAUCUCGGAUAAGAGUAUCGAGUCCGACGACGAGGAUGGCGAUGAGGGUGAGGGUGAGGUCAUUGCGCUGGCGCGGCGAUGCCUUGAAUACCUGGGCAAGGGACCCAAGCCGACCCUUGUCGAAGGGUGA